AUGCAGGAAUGUGAAGAAAACGUUUUUUUCUCUCUUUUUUUCCCAAGCAUCCUCUUUGCAGACAUAGAGGGUUUCACAAGUCUGGCCUCCCAGUGCACUGCUCAGGAGCUGGUCAUGACGCUGAACGAGCUCUUUGCCAGAUUUGAUAAGCUAGCAGCUGAGAACCACUGUUUACGUAUCAAGAUCCUGGGUGAUUGCUAUUACUGUGUGUCUGGGUUGCCAGAAGCAAGAGCUGACCAUGCACACUGCUGUGUUGAAAUGGGAAUGGAUAUGAUAGAGGCCAUCUCAUUAGUCCGGGAGGUGACAGGAGUAAAUGUCAACAUGAGAGUUGGAAUCCACAGCGGGAGAGUUCACUGCGGGGUCUUGGGCCUUAGGAAGUGGCAGUUCGAUGUGUGGUCGAAUGAUGUUACAUUAGCCAACCACAUGGAAGCAGGGGGCAAAGCUGGACGCAUCCACAUAACGAAAGCAACCCUGAACUAUCUCAAUGGAGACUACGAGGUGGAGCUGGGCUUUGGAGGGGAACGCAAUGCUUAUCUGAAAGAGCACAGCAUCGAGACCUUCUUGAUUGUACGAUGCAGCCAGAAACGGAAAGAUGAGAAAGCCACGAUAGCCAAGAUGAACCGGCAGCGCACCAACUCCAUCAGCCACAACCCGCCGCACUGGGGUGUCGACCGGCCCUUUUACAACCACCUAGGAGCUCACCAGGUCUCCAAGGAGAUGAAGAGAAUGGGUUUUGAGGACCCCAAGGACAAGAAUACACAGGAAAGUAUGAACCCAGAAGAUGAAGUGGAUGAGUUUCUGGGCCGGGCCAUUGAUGCCAGAAGUAUUGACCGAUUACGCUCUGAGCACGUGCGCAAGUUUCUCUUAACAUUCAGGGAGCCUGACCUGGAGAAAAAGUACUCCAAGCAGGUGGAUGACAGAUUCGGAGCCUAUGUGGCUUGUGCCUCCCUAGUCUUCCUCUUCAUCUGCUUUGUUCAGAUCAUAAUUGUGCCGCACUCUACAUUUAUGCUGGGUUUUUACCUGACCUGUUUUCUGAUCUUGACCACGGUGGUGUUCGUUUCCAUCAUUUACUCCUGUGUAAAGCUUUUCCCAGCACCACUCCAGACUCUUUCUAAGAAGAUUGUACAGUCCAGGACCAAUAGUACCUUAGUUGGAGUCUUUGCCAUUAUCCUGGUUUUCCUCUCUGCCUUUGUCAACAUGUUCAUGUGCAGCACUGUGGAUCUUGCCAGCUGCAUGGCUGCAGAAUACAACAUCACUCCUGACCGGGUGGACAUAUGCCUUAUCAGCAACCUGACUUCCAACUACAGCCUGGGCACGUUGCAGGGAUUCUGUGACAGUCCUUUGCCCAACUGCAACUUUCCAGAGUACUUUACCUACAGUGUCUUAUUGAGUCUCCUGGCCUGCUCUGUGUUCCUUCAGAUCAGCUGUAUUGGAAAACUGAUCCUUAUGUUAAUCAUUGAAUUUAUAUAUGUUCUCAUUGUGGAAGUGCCAGGGGUGAACCUUUUUGACAAUGCAGAUCUCCUGGUUACAGCUAACACCUACAUGUCAACAAAUUCAACGCUACCAUGCUCUCCAGCAAUGACACGAGUUGCACUGAAGAUCGUCACCCCUGUCAUCAUUACCGUCUUCGUCCUGGCACUGUACUUGCAUGCCCAGCAAGUGGAAUCCACUGCAAGGCUUGACUUCCUCUGGAAACUCCAGGCCACUGAAGAGAAAGAAGAAAUGGAGGAGCUGCAGGCCUAUAACAGACGCCUCCUCCACAACAUUUUGCCGAAGGAUGUGGCAGCCCAUUUCUUGGCUCAGGAGCGGCGAAAUGAUGAACUGUACUACCAGUCCUGUGAGUGUGUGGCUGUCAUGUUCGCCUCCAUAAGCAACUUCUCUGAGUUUUACGUGGAACUGGAGGCCAACAAUGAGGGGGUGGAGUGUCUGAGGCUGCUCAAUGAGAUCAUUGCCGAUUUUGAUGAGAUAAUAAGUGAAGACCAAUUUCGGCAGCUGGAGAAGAUCAAAACCAUUGGCAGUACAUAUAUGGCUGCGUCAGGCCUCAACGACUCCACUUAUGACAAGGAAGGGAAGACUCAUAUCAAAGCUCUGGCUGAUUUUGCCAUGAGAUUAAUGGACCAAAUGAAAUACAUUAAUGAACACUCAUUCAACAACUUCCAGAUGAAGAUAGGCCUCAAUAUUGGUCCUGUUGUAGCUGGGGUGAUAGGGGCACGUAAGCCCCAGUAUGACAUAUGGGGAAACACGGUGAAUGUAGCCAGCAGAAUGGACAGCACAGGGGUGCCCGACAGAAUUCAGGUUACCACAGACAUGUACCAGGUUUUAGCAGCCAACAACUAUCAGCUGGAAUACCGAGGGGUCAUUAAGGUUAAAGGCAAAGGAGAAAUGACCACCUACUUCCUAAAUGAAGGGCCUCCAAUUAGUUAGCACCAACUGCAGCAUCGCUCAAAGAUGGAAUCUGCAUUACAGAAGAUUGUGACUCGGAGAAGAAUCACUUUUUGGCAGCGAAUCUAAAACGCAAAGCAGUUGAAAUUUCACACAGUGACUCUAGGGCUGGUAUCAGCAAACUCUUUGGCCACCUGUUCCCAAAGGCAAUGGAGAGAAACCACCUGGGAUUUGCUCCUGGCUGAGUGCUAAACCGACCAAAGAUGUGUACUACAGCAUUUACAGAUAAGAUGUGAAUUUGGAGUUUUUACAAAGGCUGCUACUGCAGGAUGAUCUAAGAAGCUAUUUAAGUAUUUAUUGACGCAACACAACAUUUACUUGGUUGAAGGAAUGUAUGAUUCACUACAAAGCAUUAUUUUGGAAUGGAUUUGCACUCCCAUAACGUUUCCAUCCCAUACUGCCAGCUAUUUGAAGUGUACCACUGUGCUUUUAUUAGCUGUUUUGAAUGGGCUUUCAAAAUUGACACCCACUGUUGCAGCACACAAAAAGGCCUUUUAGAAUGGCAUCGUUAAUGUUUUAGCGUGAAAAGACGUUUUAGCCCUGGCCUUCUUUUCUCUCUUCUUUUACAUGGCUCAAUGACUGCUCUUCUGAGCGGGGCUGGCACAUCUACCGACGGGGAAGAUCGAGCUCAAGAAAGAAGGUUCGACAAACAUAUUUAUUACAAAGUCUUCUGUGCUCAUCCUUGGUAUAUAUCAGUUUACAUGGGAAAGACUAGAUGUAAACAAGAGACGCUUUGUGGGAGAGAACUCCCCUGAAAUUUGUUGUGGGUUUUUUUUGUUUGUUUUGGUUUUUUUUUUUGUAUUUUUUAUUUUGUAAUAUUGAAAACAUGGAGAUCUAACAAAUACCAAAUUCUAUAUUUUGUAAAUUAUAUAUAAAUUAGAAGGCAGGCUGUCCACACCAAGGUGUGUUGGGAGGUGUAUAUAACCUGUUAGACUUUUGUGUAAUUUUUUGUGCAUAAUACUCUGAACACAGACUUGGCAGUUUUCAGAUUAUCACUAUACAAUCAAACAACAGGUGAGGUUCUGGGCUGAAUCAGAUGCAUUUUAAAAGGAAAAUCCAGAAAAAUCUGCAAUCCCAAAGAAGAGGAAAAAAAACCAACCCAACAGGGUACGAAAGUUCAAUGCAGCAUUCACACAGAGGGUGGCAUCUUAACAAAUGGAAACAGGACUUAUUUUAUGAGCUUUAGCUAAUGAGACAGUAUCUGUCAAGCAUGUUAAAAAGCUCUGAGCAAAUCUUCUAAUUAACUGUAACAGGAACUCUUAUGAGGGAAAAAAAGUUGAACUUUUAUUCGGGGGAAAAAAAGCAGUUUUCAGAGAUGGAUGGAUAGAAUCUGAUGAUAUGAGAAUCGUCUGAUAUUGUAACUGCCAUUUGACAUUACAAAGAACUAUGUACUGCAGCUUAGAGUUGACUUUCCUGUAGUAAGCACUUAUUUAAACUGUCACAUUUUCCAUUUUCAGGAGUUAUUUAGCUGAUCUUCAAAAAGAGGCUUUGAUGGCAAUGUAUGUAUGAGAUGAGUGACCUUAAAAUACAGUGCCAUUGAUAUUGUGUCUGACAUCUUUAUCACUAGCGGGGGUUUAUGAACAGUUCACUGAUACCAUUUAUGUACCUUUUCUAGCUACAAAAGAAAAAUCCCUUGAUAUUUUAUUAAAGAAAAGAAAAGAUUUUAAAAAGUUAUAUUUUUAUAUUCUAGGAGGGAUGAGUUUUGAUAUUGAAUUUGGCUAGCACUAAAAGUGGCUCCAAUCUUUUGACGUUUAAUAAAGUUUUUUUCCACUCUUCUCAGGGCAGAAUUAUUGUAGUACUAACAGCUUAAUGGUUGCACUGUGGUGGUAAUUUAUUUUUUCCUACUUGACAACAAGAAUAAGUAAAAAUCCAUGGGUCUACCUUAAUUAAGUUGCCAUAUUGCUAAGCAUAACCCUAGCAUUAAGCCAUUUAAGUGCGAGCUUAAAUGGCAUUGCCCCUUUCCUUCCCCUUGGAAACAUCUCUGAAAAGUAUAGUAUAUUGACUUCUGUAAAACUGCCAAGUCUGCCCUUGUACUAUACUUUUGCUCCUUAACAUCUCUCCUGAUUCGCAGAAUGCUUACAUUGCAUCACACCAUUAUGCAUUUCUUUCCCCCCCCUUUGAUCCCCUCACUCAGCUCCAUUACCUCCGUGCCAUACACUCAUUUUUAGGUUUGCUUUGUGCUUUAUGAACAUCUGCAGUCGUCUUAACUUUUGAUUCAUCUUAGGAGGUUGUGUUGUCAAUGAAAUUUCAAGUCCCCCGUAUCUCUAGCUGUGAUUGUUGACAGUGUGUCAUGAUCAUUUCAAGGGGUAUUCACACACUCUACUCUGGAUCUUGCAAAAAUGGAGACAGUUAUGAUUUCCCAUGGAAAUUGAAAUCUAUUUAAGUAAUUUAACUAUAUUAAACACUGUUUCACUGUAAA